UAUAUGUGUGAGACCCACGAGAUACACAGACAGGCUGUGUGUGUAUAUGUGUGCGUACUGGGGAGGGCUGGCUCUUAUUAAAGUGCGGACCUCCAGUUUGGACCUUCCUUCGCCUGAAGUCAAGAAGAUAGCUGCCUACAUCCACGCUCGAGUAUUUGGCCAAUCCGCGCUGCUUCCAGCCUCGUUAUCAACACUACACGCUGAUCCGGGAACAGCAGCAGCAGCAGCUCCUCUCCCCUGCUUCGCUGUGCGCCCCAGACGCGCUCUUUCCAGUUCAGGAUGGACUCCUCACCUUUUCUUAACCUGAACCACUGACCGUGACGCUGCUGUAGUUUGGUGGGAGUUCGUGUAGAAGGAGCUGAUCCUCUGUUUCGCUUUUCCACUGCUGGGUUUCCGUUAUUGAUUGAACUGUCAUUGCACUCUCACCCCGUUGCUGUAAUUCUGAAAUGGGAAUGCAUUUGCAUCUGCUGCUUUUGCAGUACUAUUUCAUUUCGAGUUUUGUGUGCAACGCCAUCGCCUUCGUUGAGGAGCCCUUCGGAGGCAGGUUGGAUGGGUACUGCGGACGAAUUCUCCGGGCGCAGACCCACGGGACUCGGAGGGAUGGGCACCAUGAGUUCAAACUCAGAGUGGAAGGGGAUCCAGAAACCUACCAUCCUGGCAAAACCUACAGAGUGGCCCUCCUGGCAACCAGUCCUGCUUAUUUCAGAGGUUUCACCCUCAUCGCACUGAAAGAGGGCAGAGAGGGCACCACAGACGAUGACUACACUGGCCAGUUCCAGAUCAUCGAUGAGGAGGAGACACAGUUUAUGACCAACUGCCCUCCUGCAGUGACAGAGAGCACACCUCGCAGACGCACCAGGAUACAGGUUUUCUGGACAGCGCCACCCACUGGGACUGGCUGUGUUAUACUGAAAGCCAGUAUUGUCCAGAAGAGAAUCAUCUAUUUCCAGGAUGAAGGUUCUCUCACCAUUCGGCUCUGCGAGCAAGAGCAUGUGCUCGGUGAAGCCACAGGAGCUCCUGCCAUAGAGUGCUGCGCCUGUGGAACAGCUAAAUACAGACUCACCUUCUAUGGCAACUGGUCAGAGAAAGUGCACCCCAAAGACUAUCCAAGACGAGCCAACCACUGGUCAGCUCUGAUUGGCGCGUCCCACUCCAGAGGCUACCUGCUGUGGGAGUAUGGUGGCUACGCCAGUGAGGGUGUCCGUCAGGUCGCUGAGCUCGGCUCCCCCAUUAAGAUGGAAGAAGAGAUUCGACAAAAGGGAGAUGAAGUCCUGACUGUCAUUAAAACAAAGGCUCAGUGGCCAGCGUGGCAGCCGCUCAACCUGCGAGCAGCUCCAUCGGCUGAGUUUUCUGUGGAUCGGACUCGUCACCUGAUGUCCUUCCUCACCAUGCUUGGGCCCAGUCCGGACUGGAACGUGGGGCUUUCAGGGGAGGAUCUCUGCACCAAGGAUUGUGGCUGGGUGCAGAGGGUGGUGACAGACCUCAUUCCCUGGGAUGCAGGCACUGAUAGUGGUAUCACAUAUGAGUCGCCAAACAAGCCCACCAUCCCUCAAGAGAAGAUCCGACCACUGACUAGUCUGGACCACCCCCAAAGCCCUUUUUAUGACCCAGAGGGAGGGGCCAUUACACCUGUGGCUAGGGUUUUGGUGGAACGUAUUGCUAGGAAGGGAGAACAGUGCAAUGUGGUCCCAGACACCAUAGACGACAUUGUAGCUGAUAUUGGACAAGAGGAGAAAGAGGAGGACGACACCCCAGAGACAUGUAUCUAUUCAGGCUGGUCUCCCUGGUCAGCGUGUAGCAGCGCUACAUGUGAAAAAGGCCGCAGGAUGAGGCAGAGGAUGCUGAAGGCCCAGUUGGACCUUAGCGUGCCGUGUCCCCACACCCAAGAUUUUCAGCCCUGCAUGGGCCCGGGAUGCAGUAUGGAGGAGCCGUCGACAUGCAUGAUGUCGGAGUGGAUCAGCUGGUCGGCCUGCAGUGUGUCCUGUGGGAUGGGGAUGAGGUCUAGAGAGCGUUAUGUCAAACAGUAUCCUGAGGACGGCUCGCUCUGUCAGCUCCACACUGAGGAGACAGAGAAGUGCAUCAUCAACGAUGAAUGCUCACCCAGCAGCUGUGUGGUGACUGAGUGGGGGGAGUGGGACCCCUGCAGCGUCACCUGUGGGUUGGGCAUGAAGAGACGUGAGCGCAUGGUCAAGAUGCCUCCCAUAGAUGGUUCCAUGUGUAAAACCGAGGUGGCCGAAGUGGAGAAAUGCAUGAUGCCAGAGUGCUAUACUAUCCCAUGCAUGCUGUCUCCCUGGUCAGACUGGAGUGAGUGUAGUGUGACGUGUGGCCAGGGCAUUCGAACACGUCAGAGGAUGCUAAAGUCUGAUCCUGCAAAGUGCACAGAAGAGCUGGACCAGACUGAGAAGUGCAUGCUACCCGAAUGCCCUGUCGACUGCAUGGUAUCCGAGUGGUCAGAGUGGUCAGAGUGCAACAAAUCCUGUGGCAAUGGACACACCAUUCGGACACGUAUGGUCAAACUGGAGCCACAAUUUGGUGGCAGGGCUUGCCCUAAGACCAUCGACAGGAAAAAAUGCAAGAUCAGGAAGUGCCGCACAAAAACAAAGGAGGAGAGAGGAGGGGGCGGAGAAAGGAGAAGCAGGCGGGGUAAACUGAGUAGAGAUGCAGUGGUGGAUGAGCAGUCAGGUUGCAGGAUGGGGCUGUGGAGCAGCUGGACGGACUGUACCAAAGCGUGCGGAGGUGGGACACAGGAGCGUGUCAAGAAGUCAAAGAAAAGAACAAAGGGUGUUCACAGGGCCAGGUGUAAGAAGUGGGAGGAGAGCCGCACCUGUAAUGUUCAUCCCUGUUAGGGGCGCUACUGACCUUCAGGGUAGGAGAGGGAACUGAGGGUGAAAUACAUGAGGCAUUUGAAAAGGUGAUACAUUUUUUUGUGUACAGGGAGGUUGGGUGAGGGUGGAAAGGAAAGACAAUGGCAGGUGGAGGGAAAAAAAGAAAAGAAGGAGAAGAAGGAUAUGUGUUGUUUAAUGAAGCCAUUAUAGACAUUUAAUUAACAGGGCUGACGUUUCUUUUAGACCUUCAGUGGCAGAAUUAGAGAGUCAUGUCUGCAUCCUGCAAAAAAAUCAGCUUUGCAGGAAUUUGAGAAAAAAUAACAACUACAGUAGCUUUCUCACUGACACAACCCUGGGGUAUGACAUAUGGUCAAAUCCUUGCAUUUCCUGGGAAUUCUCACCAAAAUUUGCUUGUCUUCUUGGAAAAAUACCACGGGAGCCUAUGCUUUGAUUCAUUCUGUAUGAACUAAGACAUAGAUGCUCUCUGCAAACAUCAUUAAUGAUAUCAUGCAAGUGUGAUAGCUUUGGUUCACAGUGAUAUAACUGUAUCAACUUAUUAGCUGUGGCAGCUUUUAAUUCAAAUUCAUGCUGAAUUGGCAGCCCACUGAUGUGCGGCAAGAAGCAGAAUAACCUGUAAACACAAACUUUGCAAACAUUUCAGGUGUCUUAAUCAGAUGCAAAGAAUGCAGGCUCCUAAAAGUGCAGUAUAGUGUGUAUACACAGGUAUACAUCAUAUACCCUACUCUUCUCAGAGAGAUUUAAAACAUACCUACCUGCUUAUAGAUUUAUGUAUUACUGUACAUCUUGCAGUUUUUCAUGUGAUCUAUAAUGUUUCGACAUACAAGACACUUUCAUUGCUGACUUUAGCCUUUGAGGCAGAAAACACACCCUUGUGGAUCCAGACCUGGGGAGAAACACUGUCAAACCCGGGGAACAAAUGUCCCUUUCCUUCCAGUUGUUCCAUAACCCGCAAGCUUAAUGGCUUUGUAUGAAAUUGCUGACUGUAGUUUAAACACCAGUUACAAACAAAUAAGGCCAAGUGGUGGACCAAGUAUUCAGAGCCUUUACUUUCGUAAAAGUAGCAAUAGCAAUAUAAAAAUUGUCCAUUACAAGUCACUUAAGAAAAAAGUACAGAAUGUAGUUAAAGUAUCAUUAUUCCAACUAAAUGUCCAACAGCAAUGAACAUCUUCCUCCCCCUGUAUCCACUCAGACACAGACAUAAUGUUAAAAAAGGUAUAAUAUACUUAAAAACAAAAUAUCAGAUGAUAGUGUAUAUUUACUUCAAAGAAGACUUGUUGUUUUACAACCACAUAAGCCAAAGAAUAAAAUCACAAAUUUGAGUAAAAACAUUUUAUCAUUCAUUCUCAGCACUCCUUUGUUUAAAAUCAAACUUAAUCUAUGGCGAGAAAUCCCUGGGGAAGGGUAACAUAGUGCCAAGAAGGAAUCACAGACAAACUUUCAGCCCUACAUAGUUGGCAACUGUCACUGAACUGACAAGAACAUAAAUGAAAUAUAGGUGCUCGUACAGAAAGUCUUUAAACACUAAUGGAUGUACUGUUGAUUUGCUAUCUAACCAACACUUAUAAAUGACACUACUGUGUAAUUACUAAAAAAACACUUUCCCUAACAAACAUAUACAAUGAAAUGGAGAUGUUUUAUACUGUUAAAAUUAGUCUUUAUAUACUGUACUGCUGUUUACCUGUCAUUUCAGCUGAUUGUAGCAUUAAAGCUGUAACCGCGCUCUCUCUGGUCGAAGAUCUUAUUUUAGCAUGUGUAAAAAUUAUGAUUUUGGUUGGACAUUAUGAUUUAUCAGCUUUAGAUAUUGUCUUAAAUCAGAAAGCUAAAUGAUUGUAAUCUGCCUUUGCUGGUUCCUGAAAACACAGAUUGUCGAUUGCAGCUUCGACGGGCCACACCGUACACAUGGGCUGUGCAGCACUAGUGCAGGGCUCUGACUGGAAAAGGAAUUGUGUGAGAAGUGAUAUAGAGCUUUCUACAGCAUUAAAACUUUAGGACAGAAAAACAACACUUUUUUCAUAUGUAUUACACGUUUUUAUUGUGCUUUUCAUUUGUGUUUUUUAUUACUACUCAGCAGGUUGCGUUGUAUAAGAAUAAGAAUGUCAUCACCAAAGUUACAUUUUCUAGAAGUGUUUUCACUGACGGUCUUGCCUUCACUCUUUAAUGUUUUCAAGCCACUUAAUUUUGUUGUUUUGCCUCUGUAUCACAUGACUAUUUUGUAAGAAACCACCUUUACAAUAAAAAAAGGUA